CGGAAACUUGUCAGAGAAUGCUCCUAAAGUCUGGUUUUCUCCUGCUGCUGCUGAUCAGUGCAUCCGCAUCCUACGAAGCUGAGCAGAAUGACUCUGUGAGCCCCAGGAAAGCGCGGGUGGCAGCGCAGAACUCAGCCGAGGUGGUUCGCUGCCUGAACAGUGCCCUCCAGGUGGGCUGCGGAGCCUUCGCCUGCCUGGAGAACUCCACGUGCGACACGGACGGGAUGUACGACAUCUGCAAAUCCUUCCUCUACAGCGCUGCUAAAUUCGACACUCAGGGAAAAGCUUUUGUGAAGGAGAGCCUGAAGUGCAUCGCCAACGGCGUCACGUCCAAGGUGUUCCUGGCCAUCCGCAGGUGCUCCACGUUCCAGAGGAUGAUCUCCGAGGUGCAGGAGGAGUGCUACAGCAAGCUGGACAUGUGCGGCAUCGCCCGGCGCAACCCCGAGGCCAUCACCGAGGUGGUGCAGCUGCCACACCAGUUCUCCAACAGGUAUUACAACAAGCUGGUGCGGAGCCUGCUGGAGUGCGACGAGGACACGGUGAGCACCAUCAAGGAGAGCCUGAUGGAGAAGCUGGGGCCCAACAUGGCCAGCCUGUUCCACCUCCUGCAGAGUGACCACUGCGCCCAGGGCCACCCCAGGGCCGAGUUCCUGCGCAGGAGGAUCUCAGAGCCGCAGAAGCUGAAGCUGCUCCUCAGGAACCUGCGAGGUGAGAGCUCGGCCAAGCGCGGCUCCGCCGAGCGGGCUGGGGGAGAGCAAAGCUGAGGGCUCUGCUCCAGGACGCUGCUGCACCCAAAGCCAGUGGACUUUUGUAGGUAUUUUAAACCUCCCCCCCUCUCCCACUAGGAGCUGGGUUUUAGUUCCUUUAGGGCUCCUUUAGUUGGUUCAUCUUUUCUGUUCCUCUCGGACUGCGUGGGUCUGUGUUCGGUGUCGCGGUUUUCUCGCCGGCCAGGCGGCUCUGUCUCUUCUCUUCCCCAC